UCUUUUAUGCACGAUCCUUCUUCCUGCAAGAGAGGGAGAACGGCGAGGGAGAGAGUAAAUGGAGAUAUCUCCAUGGUUAUCUCUCAUCUUGUUAUUUUUUUCGGCACUCGUAGCCCUUGUCACAGCCUGGAGUUUGAAGGGAACCGAGAAGAGAUACAAAGGGCUCAAUCUACCACCAGGAAGCAUGGGGUGGCCUCUCCUCGGAGAGACCAUUGCCUUCAGGAAGGGCCACCCAUGCACUCGUCUAGGGGAAUACAUGGAGAAACGCAUCAACAAGUAUGGAAAGAUCUUCAAGUCAAACCUGCAUGGGGCACCAACAGUUGUAUCAGCUGAUGCAGAGCUGAACAGGUUCAUACUGCACAAUGAUGGGAGGCUGUUUGAGCCAAGUUGGCCAACAAGCUUGGUAAACAUCCUUGGAAAGAAGUCCAUGAUCAUCGCCUCCGGGGAUACACACCAUUACCUGAAAUCCCUUGCCAUCAACUUCAUGAGCGUCCCCAGGCUCUGCUCGCAUUUCCUAGGGGAUGCUGAGCAGUCCAUCCUCCAAACUUUCAGCACUUGGGUGGAGCACACUCCUUUCCCUCUCAAAGAAGAAGCAAUAAAGAUGUCAUUUAACCUGAUAGUGAAGCAUAUCUUAAGCAAGAAACCUGGAGAGCCAGAAACAGAGCAGCUUCGCAAAUUAUUUAUGUGCUUCAUGAGAGGGGCAGUAGCCAUGCCCAUCAAUUUGCCAGGAACUGCUUACAGAAAGGCCUUGAAGUCACGAGCAGCCAUUUUGACAAUCAUCUAUCGGUUGAUGGCGGAGAGAAUCCACCAGAAGAAAGACGGAUGGGAUGAAAUUGGAGAAGACUCAGACCUCCUGGGAUUCAUUUUGGAGCAAUCCAAUCUUGAUGCUGAGCAGUUUGCUGAUCUCCUGCUCGGUUUGCUCUUUGGUGGCCACGAAACCUCUUCCACAGCCAUGACAUUAGCCAUCUAUUUCCUUGGAGACAGUCGCAGAGCCUUAGAAGAGCUCCGAGAAGAGCACAUACAGAUAGUCAAGUUGAAAAAGGAGAGAGGAGAAACAGGAGCACUGACAUGGCAAGACUACAAGAAAAUGGAGUUCACCAGAUGUAUUGUAAGUGAGACUCUUCGUCUCGGCAAUCUUAUCAGGUUUGUUCAUCGAAAGGCAAGAAGCAACGUCCAAUUUCAAGGAUAUGACAUUCCAAGAGAUUGGAACAUCAUUCCAGUCUUCGCAGCUGCACAUUUGGAUCCUUCUCUGCAUGAUGAGCCUCGCAAAUUCAAUCCAUGGAGAUGGCAGACUCUCUCUGCCAGCACUACAAGAGAUGACAGCUACAUGGCGUUUAGUCAUGGCAUAAGAAGAUGCCCAGGACAAGAGCUAGCAAAGAUGGAGAUUACUAUAUUUCUCCAUCAUUUUGUCCUAAACUUUGACUGGGAGUCAGCAGAGUUGGAUCAUCCACUUGCCAGUCCUUUCCCUGAGUUUCCCAAAGGCCUACCCAUCAAGGUCCACAAGUUGUCACUUGACAUGUAAAACACCAAGAAAUGUGCUGAAAUGGACUAAAAAUAGCACUUACAAGACUUGCACUUCAUAGGGGCUUUCGGGGGUCUGGUGUUGGAGUUCUAUCCAACAUUUCUGUGCUGUAGUUAAGGAAACUAGAAUUCUACAUAUGCUAUGCAUGCGAUGUGAUUGAAAGAUGAUCAUAUCCAUAUGUGAUGA